UAUCAUUCAUAACCAAUUUCACAACACACAGAAAACGAAAGCAUAAUUAAUAAAUAAUAUAUAAAAAAAAUCUGUGUUUCUUCCCUCACGUUCAUGUUCAUUGAUAGAAGGAAAAAAAUCUGCUUAACUAGACAGUGAGAGGCAUUCGUUUGUUUCUUCUGCUCUUUUGGUUCUUCGAAUCAAACAAACAAGACUUCUAGAUUUUUACAUUGUUUUUGCUUGGCAAGUGCCAUUUUUCUCCAUCAUCUGCUCCCUCGAUUGCUUUGAGCAAACGUGGAAGGAAACAAACAGCUCUCGGUUUCUGUGAAGAAUUGAGAUAUUUCAUCAGGGUUUGAUAAAAGUUUCAAGAAAAUGGUGGAAUUGGGAUUGUUAUCUGGAACCAAAUCUACGAAGCCAGUGCAUGUGAGUUUCAGAAUACCAUAUUAUACUCACUGGGGCCAGAGCCUGCUCGUAUGCGGCUCUGAACCGGUGCUUGGUUCAUGGAAUCUUAAGAAGGGUCUGUUAUUGAGCCCUGUUCAUCAUGGGGAUGAGCUCAUAUGGCUUGGGACUGUCUCUGUUCCGAAAGGAUUCAAAUGUGAGUACAGCUACUAUGUGGUGGAUGAUAAUAGAAAUGUUUUGAGAUGGGAAAUGGGAGAGAAGCGUAAAGUGCUAUUGCCUGAGGGGAUCCAAGAUGGAGAGGUGGUGGAGCUCCAUGACCUUUGGCAGGUUGGUUCCGAUGCACUUCCUCUUAAAAGUGCCUUUAAAGAUGUCAUUUUUCGUCGUAAGCUGAGUUUGGACAUUGAGACACCUCUAGGAGUCAUUUGGAGUACAUUGGACCAGGAAGAUUCUGUUCUUGUCCAUUUCAAAAUUAGCUGUCCAAAUAUAGAGGAAGAAACAUCGAUUUACAUUAUUGGUAAUACCUUAAAGUUGGGACAAUGGAAUGUUCAGAAUGGGCUUAAACUAAGCUAUUCUGGUGAAUCAAUUUGGCAUGCUGACUGUGUGUUGCCGAAGGGCGACUUCCCGAUAAAAUAUAAGUACUGUAAAUAUGGCAAAGGAGGAAUCUUUUCUCCGGAAACUGGUCCAAACCGUGACAUCGCGCUUGACUCCUCAAAUACUCAACCAAGAUACAUUUUCCUUUCAGAUGGCAUGUUGCGAGAAAUGCCUUGGAGGGGUGCCGGUGUCGCUAUCCCAAUGUUUUCUGUUAGAUCAGAAGCUGAUCUUGGAGUUGGAGAGUUUCUUGACCUGAAAUUAUUUGUUGACUGGGCUGCAGAGUCUGGCUUUCAUUUGGUUCAGCUUUUACCCAUUAAUGAUACAUCUGUGCAUGGAAUGUGGUGGGAUUCAUAUCCCUACAGCUCACUUUCUGUAUUUGCAUUGCAUCCUUUAUACCUGAGAGUACAGGCACUUUCAGAAAAUAUACCCGAGGAUAUCAAGCUCGAGAUUCAGAAGGCAAAAGAACAAUUGGAUGGCAAGGAUGUUGAUUAUGAGGCUACCUUGUCUACUAAACUUUCAAUCGCAAAGAAAAUCUUUGCCCAAGAGAAGGAUUUGAUUCUUAACUCCAGUUCCUUCCAGAAAUUUUUUUCUGAGAAUCAGGAUUGGUUAAAACCCUAUGCGGCCUUCUGUUUUCUGCGGGACUUCUUUGAAACAUCAGAUCACAGCCAAUGGGGUCGGUUUUCUCAUUUUUCAAAAGAAAAGCUAGAGAAGCUCGUCUCAAAAGACAGCUUGCACUAUAGCAUAAUCUGCUUCCAUUAUUAUAUCCAAUUUCAUUUGCACGUACAACUUUCAGAAGCUGCAGAUUAUGCAAGAAAGAAAGGAGUAAUAUUGAAAGGAGACCUACCUAUUGGCGUUGACAGAAACAGUGUGGAUACCUGGGUCUAUCCAAAUCUGUUUCGCAUGAACACAUCUACUGGAGCUCCUCCAGAUUAUUUUGAUAAAAAUGGGCAGAAUUGGGGUUUCCCGACCUACAAUUGGGAGGAGAUGUCGAAAGACAACUACGCAUGGUGGCGUGCUCGUUUGACACAGAUGGCAAAAUACUUUACCGCUUACAGGAUUGAUCAUAUAUUGGGGUUCUUUCGUAUCUGGGAGCUCCCAGAACAUGCUAUGACUGGUCUUGUUGGAAAAUUUCGACCUUCCAUACCUCUAAGCCAGGAAGAACUUGAAAAAGAGGGCAUUUGGGAUUUUGAUCGUUUGAGUCGCCCAUAUAUUCUACAGGAAUUUUUACAGGAUAAGUUUGGAGCUUCAUGGACAUUUAUUGCCUCAAAUUUUCUGAACGAAUAUCAGAAGAACCGCUAUGAGUUUAAGGAGGACUGCAACACUGAGAAAAAAAUUGCUUCCAAGCUGAAGUCAUUUCCGGAAAGGUCUCUGUUGCAGGAUGAAGACAAGAUACGGCGUGAGCUCUUUGAUCUUGUACAGAAUAUAGUUCUCAUAAGAGAUCCAGAAAAUCCAAGGAACUUCUAUCCUCGUUUCAAUCUUGAAGACACACCAAGUUUUAAGGAUUUGGAUGACCACAGCAAAAAUGUUUUGAAAAGAUUAUACUAUGAUUACUACUUCCACCGGCAAGAAAAUCUUUGGCGGCAAAAUGCAUUGAAAACACUGCCUGCUCUGCUGAACUCAUCGGAUAUGCUAGCGUGUGGUGAAGAUCUGGGGCUUAUUCCUUCUUGUGUUCAUCCUGUGAUGCAAGAACUAGGAUUAAUAGGUUUACGCAUUCAGCGUAUGCCCAGUGAACCUGAUCUGGAGUUUGGUAUUCCUUCUCAAUACAGCUAUAUGACGGUGUGUGCUCCGUCAUGCCAUGACUGCUCAACCUUGCGUGCUUGGUGGGAAGAAGAUGAAGAAAGAAGGCAGAGAUAUUUUAAGAAUGUGGUGGGGUCUGACAUGUCGCCGCCUGCUCGCUGUGUUCCAGAUAUUGCACAUUUCAUCAUAAGGGAACAUGUUGAAUCUCCAUCAAUGUGGGCAAUUUUCCCUCUUCAGGAUUUGUUAGUGUUGAAAGAAGAAUACACAACACGACCUGCAACAGAGGAGACGAUCAAUGACCCCACAAAUCCAAAGCACUAUUGGAGAUACCGCGUGCAUGUCACGGUGGAGGCUUUGAUAAAGGAUAAGGAACUCGUAUCGACCAUCAAAGAUCUUGUAAGUGGGAGUGGAAGAUCACAUCCAGGGGGCCAAGCUGAAAGACAGGCAAGCCACAAAUCAGCAGUGGCAACCACAGAGAAGCAACAAAUUGCCAGCAGCAAGGAUAAGGUUCACUUGGCAACUCCGCUAAACGCCGUUGCACAUGAGACUCUGGCAGUUCGCUGAUGGCAUAUCCAUGUAAAGUGAAUGAGCUUAGUUAAAAAUAAGUCACGUGCAUUGUGGCAAAAUGAGGCAACUAUGAGAACCUACCUCAUAUGUUCGAACCAAGGCAGGCAGUAGGGUGAGCAACAAAUAAGCCUUGACAAUAUUGAGCAGCAAAUCUGCAUAUUGGCUGCACGUUGAAGUCUGAUUCUCUUUCCACGACUAUCCAAACCUUCACAAUUAUAAAGUAAAUUGUGAUUGUUAGAUUUCUUUAAUAUUGGCAUUCAUGAUCUUUCACACAAUCUGAAAUACAUAAAGACAUACCUUGUGUCAUCUUUCUUGAGUACACGACCUUUGAACUCA